AUGGAAGUCAAUUUAUUCAGCAAUUCUACUUCUGUAAACAGUUCAUCUAUCAACCAUAAGCAGUUAGAAGGUCAUAGCCUCUGGGAAGUCAUUACUAUUGCCACUGUAACUGCAAUUGUAAGCUUAAUAACUAUAGUGGGAAAUAUUCUUGUCAUGAUAUCCUUUAAGGUUAACAGUCAGCUCAAAACUGUCAACAAUUAUUACUUGCUCAGCCUUGCCUGUGCAGAUCUCAUCAUUGGAAUAUUUUCUAUGAACCUUUAUACAUCCUAUAUACUUAUAGGCCAUUGGACUCUUGGAAGCCUUGCCUGUGACCUGUGGCUAGCACUGGACUAUGUAGCAAGCAAUGCCUCAGUAAUGAACCUCCUAGUCAUCAGUUUUGACAGAUAUUUUUCCAUCACAAGGCCUUUAACUUACAGGGCCAAACGCACACCCAAAAGAGCUGGCAUCAUGAUUGGUAUGGCUUGGCUGAUUUCCUUCAUGUUGUGGGCACCCGUAAUCUUAUGCUGGCAGUAUUUUGUGGGUGAACGAACAGUACCACCUGAAGAGUGCCAGAUACAGUUUCUGUAUGAACCCAUUAUUACCUUUGGCACUGCAAUUGCUGCUUUUUACAUUCCAGUGUCCGUGAUGACAAUUCUGUACUGCCGCAUUUAUAAAGAGACAGAGAAACGCACCAAGGACCUCGCUGAACUGCAGGGCUCAGAGUCUGUGGCAGAGUUUGAGACAGCAAAGCCUCAGAAAACUCUCCUGAAGUCUUGCUUCAGUUGCAAGCAACAAAACUUAGUCAAAAGAGAGAGGUGUCAGGCCUCUUGGUCUUCGUCCAGUCGAAGUACGUCAGCUACAGCGAAGGCCUCCCAGGCAGCGAGUGCUUGCAUGGACUGGGCUAAGGCUGACCAGUUAACCACCUGCAGCAGCUACGCAUCGUCAGAAGAGGAGGAUAAACUUGCCACUGACUCAGUUUUCCAAGUAACUUACAAAAGUCCAUCUAAGAGUAAGGCAGAAGAGUAUAAUGAGACUACAGAUGUUGUCAAAGACCAGCCUGAAGAAAGUGAUUUUGAGAACCAGAAAUACUUUUUGUCACCAACCAAAGAACACGGACAAAAGAGUAAAAAAUGUGUGGCCUAUAAGUUCCGUUUGGUGGUUAAGGCUGAUGGCACCCAGGAAGCCAACAAUGGUUGCCGAAAAGUAAAAAUAACUCCUUGUUCUGCUGCUCUGUCAAAGGACCCUUCCAUCAAAAGCAUGGAUCCAAAUAUCAAUAACCAAAUCACCAAAAGGAAACGGAUGGUUCUUAUAAAGGAACGCAAAGCAGCACAGACUUUAAGCGCCAUUCUUUUGGCUUUUAUCCUCACAUGGACUCCUUAUAAUAUCAUGGUUUUGAUUUCCACAUUUUGUUCUGACUGCAUUCCCCUGACACUGUGGCACCUUGGAUAUUGGCUAUGCUAUGUGAACAGCACUGUUAACCCCAUGUGUUAUGCCCUCUGUAAUAAAACUUUCAGGAAGACUUUUAAGAUGCUGCUUUUCUGCCAGUGGAGAAAGAAAAAAGUGGAAGAGAAACUAUACUGGCAGGGCAAUACUAGACUGCCAUAA